AGAAGUUUAGAAAAACUCAAACGCACAUGGGGUCUUGGAAAAUUUGUGAUGUUGAUUAGAGUUGAUAAACAAAAGACAAGUGGAUCAUUUAUUGUUUUAGGGGGAAAAAAAACAAAAGACAAGUGGAUAAUUAUACAACCAACCAUCGUUGACCGUGCAAAAGUUAGGAAGAUAAAUUACAUCCAACCGUCCACGAUCUGUCGUAUAAAUUAGCCAUCUAACUUCUAAGCAAGUAUAUACCGUGUCAGUUGACUGUUGACGAACAAUUUGAUUGAUUUGAUAAACUCUAAAUGUCGUUAUAUAUUCAUCAAUAUAUUUAACGACAAAACUAACUCGCUCAAUUGUGGAUCUUGAGGAGCUGCUAAUCCAGUUAAUCGACAAACGAAGAUGGGAUCCUGGCCGGCGCACUUAUUUCUGCUCCUCCUCUGCCUUGUACUGCUAGCAGGAGCGGCGGCCCUCCAAACAGCACCGCCGCCGUCGGUCGACUCCGCCUAUGGAAUCCCCAAAUUUUAACUUUUGUUUUGUGAAUCAGCUUGAUUAUAUUGCCUGCUUUAGUAUUUUCUCAAUAUCUGAUAUCUUUGCAAAAUCUGAUCAGACAUCAACGAGUGCUCAGCUGAUACUUCGCCAUGUGCCAAACGGUGCCAUAAUAGAGAGGGGAGCUAUUCUUGCUCUUGCCCAUGGUACAUGUAUGGCGAUGGCCGAAGAGAUGGAAGCGGAUGCAGGUCCAUUCUGAGAAUACUGUAUCUGAGUUUAGGUGUUGGAUUGAGCCUCUUUUUCCUUAUUGCGAUUGGGUCAUGGCUGUACUGGAUUCACAAGAAGAGAAAGCUCGGAGAGCUGAAGCAGCACUUCUUUGAGAAGAACGGCGGUUCGUUGCGACCGGACAUCAGACUCUUCUCCUCAGAGGAGCUUGAAGCCGCAUCUGACAACUACAACCAGAGCCGAAUCCUCGGCGAGGGCGGCACCGGAACAGUCUAUCGCGGCGUACUUCCUAAUCAAAACGUGAUCGCAAUCAAAAAGGCCAAGAUAAGCAACGACGAAGCCGAAGUCCAACAGUUCAUAAAUGAAGUCGAGGUUCUCUCCAGUAUCAAUCACCGGAAUGUGGUGAAGCUCCUGGGGUGCUGCCUCGAGUCUCAAGUCCCCAUGCUCGUUUACGAGUUCGUGCCUAAUGGCACGCUCGCCCACCACGUCCACGAUGAAGGCCACAGAGGCUCUCUGUCCUUGGAUGCUCGUCUAAGGAUCUCUUCGGAAGUAGCUGGAGCCUUGUCCUACCUCCACUCUGCGGCUUCUACUCCCGUCAUCCACAGAGAUGUCAAGACCACCAACAUACUUCUCGACCACAACUUAACUGCAAAAGUAUCAGAUUUCGGAGCUUCCAGAAUGGUUCCUCUGGAUCAGAACGGAUUGGUGUCGUUGGUUCGUGGCACCUUUGGCUACCUGGACCCGGAAUAUUUCCAAACAGGGGAGUUCACUGAUAAAAGCGACGUCUAUAGUUUCGGCGUUGUUUUGGUUGAGCUAUUGACAGGGAAGAAGCCUGUGGCUAAGACGCAAGCUGUCAAGAAUUUAGCCACACUUUUCAUGGACUGCGUGAAUUCUGGACGACUUGUUGAAAUAUUGGAGGAGCGCGUGGUCGAUGAAGGAACUCCGGAGUUGCUUGAAGCAGCCGCGGAGCUCGCAAUGAGAUGCUUGAGCUUGAAAAGCAAUGACCGACCAUUGAUGAGAGAAGUGGCUAUGGAACUGGAGGCACUGACGAGGUGGAAGAUACAUCCUUGGGGAAAUGUUAAUCUGGAAGAGGGAGACAGUUUGCUGGCUAUGGUUGGAAGCUCUUCUCCGUCGGUUCUCCGUGAUUAUGUCAAUUCUUCCAUGGAACCCAUGGUGCCCUUCGAGAUUGUCAGAUGAGGGAGAGAAUGUUGCCUUCUCGUCUAUCACGUCCAAACUCGAUCUUAGUAAGUAAUUGCAGGUUUAUUGUUCUUUUGUAGCAGCAGGAAACUUCUAGGCAUUUGUUCGUCAGCCCAGUGUUGCAUCCUUCUAUUUGGAAUCAGGUUU